AUUUGCGUUUUCAUCCAACUCUCGGUACUUUUGAGAAUUUUGACAGAGAGAGAGAGAGAGGAGAGAGAUCCCUAAAAGUCCAAAACCUAACCUCGAAAUUUCCAAUCAAUCCAAAACCACAAUUUUAUUUCAAUUCACCUCCUUCACCAUCAAAACCCAAAACCCACCUUAAUUCAAACCCUAAACCCCCCUCCCCCCCAAAUCUUAAAUCUAGGGUUUCUUUUUUCUUCUUCAAUGGAGUAAAAGCUAGGGUUUUUGGCCUUGUCUUGCAAUUUCAGCACCUGGAUUAUUUGUUUUGGUCUUGUUGAAUUCCGGCAAAGAAUUGGAAAAAAGUGAUGAGUAACCCUAUUGUGAUAUGUCAAUCUGGUGGGAAGUUUACCACUGCUAGUGAUGGUUCCUUGUCAUAUGUUGGUGGAGAUGCCCAUGCUAUUAGUGUAAGUCGUGAGACUAAAUUUGAUGAUUUGAGGUCGGAGAUGGCUGAUAUGUGGAAGUAUGGAGCUGAUUCAAUGACCGUCAAGUACUUUCUGCCCAAUAACAUGCGGACUCUGAUCACGAUUUCAAGUGACAAAGACCUUCAACGAUUCCUUGAUUUUCAUGGAAACUCGGUGACUGUGGAUGUUUUUGUCAUUAAGAAUGAGAACUCAACAGCUUUAGCCUCAGUUAUGCCUAGUACAACUGGAGCCCUGAUUACAACUCCACGUAAAAGGGCCAGCAAGAAGAGAUUGGUCCAACAAGAGACCCCUCUCAAUGUUACGCCUGUUGCUGCCGCUCCCGCUCCCGCUCCUGCUUUUCUUGCUUCUGCUCCUGCUUCUGAGAAUGCUGGGCGAUUCAACACCUUGGCUGCAGCUGCUGGUGAAAUUGAGAGUGUUGGACAGCUGAAACGUGUUAAGUUAUGGGAGAAUUGCAUAACUGGUCUUCACCAGCAGUUUAAUAAUGUCCGUGAAGUCCGUGAUGCUUUACGCAAGUAUUCCAUUGCUCAGGGAUUCACAGUCAAGUUUAAGAAAAAUGAUAGUAUGCGUGUAAGUGUCAAGUGUAGUGUUGAUGGCUGCCCUUGGAGGAUUUUUGCAUCAAGGUUGUCUACCACACACUUAUUCCGAAUUAAGAGGCUGAAUGAAAUACAUACAUGUGGAGCUGGUACUGGUACAGAUAGUCAUCCUCGAGCCUCAAAGAAAGUAGUGGAAGGUAUUGUCAAAGAAAAGUUGCAUGAUAGUCCUAAUGUCAAACCCAAGGAAAUUGCUAAUCAAAUUCAGCAGGAAUUUGGAAUUGAAUUGAGAUAUUCACAGGUUCGACGUUGGAUGGAGGCUGCCACAGAGGAGAUUCAGGGUUCAUACAGAGAGGCCUACAAUCAAUUACCAUGGUUGUGCGAGAAGAUUGUAGAGACAAAUCCGGGUACUGCUGUCUCUCUUAACACCAGGGAGGACCUGGGUUUUCAUCGUCUAUUUGUUGCCUUUCAUGCUUCACUACAUGGUUUUCAGAGUGGUUGUCGCCCGUUGCUUUUCCUUGAUACUAUGAGCCUGCAAUCAAAAUAUCAGUCAGAAUUGCUGACUGCAGCAGCAGUGGAUGGAAAUUAUGGUAUUUUCCCUGUUGCUUUUGCUAUUGUGGAUGUGGUGAAUGGUGAUAACUGGCAUUGGUUUUUGGUACAGUUGAAAUCUGCACUUCCGACACUUCAGCCAAUAACAUUUGUGGCAGAUAGACAGAUGGCACUAGGACAGUCAAUUUCUGUGGUUUUUGAGAAUUCUUACCAUGCUUAUUGCCUUCGCUAUCUGGCAGAAGAGUUGAAGAGGGAUCUUAAGGGUCCAUGCAUUCAUGAAAUUAUUGGUGUCAUCGUUGGACAUCUUUACGAUGCUGCAUAUGCUCCUACACUUGAUGCAUUUAGAAAGUGCAUCGAAAGCAUCAAGAGUAUUUCACCUGAAGCUUAUGAAUGGAUUUUGCAAAGUGAGCCCGUGCACUGGGCAAACUCCUUUUUCGAAGGUGCAAGGUACAACCAUAUAACAUCAGGCAUUGCUGAGUCAUUUUAUAGUUGGUUAACUGAGCUCACGGCAUUACCAGUAACGAAGAUUAUUGAUACGAUUCGCCAUAAAUUGAUGGAGCUAAUUUACACUCGAAAGGUGGAUUCAGAUCAGUGGAUUACAAGAUUAACUCCAUCUGUGGAGGAUAAAUUGCAGAAAGAGAUUCUCAAGGCACAGUCGCUUCAAGUUAUGUUUUCACCCAGUAACACUUUUGAGGUGCAAGAUUUUUUGGGUGCAGUUAAUGUUGUUAACAUAGAUGCCUGGGACUGCAGUUGCAGGGAAUGGCAACUUAAUGGUUUCCCGUGUUCGCAUGCUGUGGCAGUGCUUCAACACAUUGGUAGGGAUGUAUAUGAUUACUGCUCCAAAUUUUAUACAACUGAAGCUUAUCGCUUAACAUAUUCUGAAUCAAUAAAGCCUGUUCCAACAGUGGAUAAGCCUGCACCUCAAGAAUUGUCAGAGGUUCAGGUACUUCCUUCCCCUCUUCGUCGAAUCUCUGGCUCUCCCAAAAAGAGAAGAAUUCGGUCAAGAGGAGUGGUUAAAAGGCCACUGCAUUGCAGCAGGUGCAAAGGAGAAGGCCACAAUAAAGUAUCAUGCACUGUGGCCUAUUAGAUGCAUAUUUCUAGAGCUGUACCUUAAAUUCAUUAAGCACAUGUCAGAUAGAUCGAUAUCAGGCUGCCUGUUUAGUUUUAGGGAUAGGUUAGACGGGAAAGGAGGUUGAACUCUGAUGCAAGUGUGACUUUUAAGGGUUUGUAUCGGAUUAUGCAAUGCUUUAAUUUUAGUGUGGCAUUUGUUCUGCUCUCUUGAUUUCGAUGGUAAAUCCAUGUUUUUUCUGCCUUCUGGUUUCCGUGGGAGCAAAUCAGAAUCUACAUUUUACUCCAUUGGCAGGACGACAAGUCUGCAACCUGCACAUUACAUGGUUAUCUUCGCGGACCUAAUUUCAGUUUUAUAAAAUCAAAUAUCUGUUCACCAGUGAAGGAUCUUGGAGAUUUCGGUUGUUAGAAGUAACUCUAUUAAUAUUUCCAAUCAAGUCCCCUAUAAAAUAAUUGUUUAUGAAUAUGAUUGCGGAAUUUGUAUAAAGAAGAUUGUAAAGAGUUAAAUUUUUUUUUUAAAUAAUUGCAUAUGACAAUCAGUAUAAAAAAAAAGAAAAGAAGAAUGGUUUAAUUACUUUUGUUAAUGACUUGAGUUUCACAAGUACAAAAAAGAGUGCAGUACGCAUUACACUUUAAAAAAUGCCCUGGAAAUCCUAAUCUGAUUAGUACUGAAAGGAGGCAGUACAGGGUUAGCUAGUCCAAGUAGAACUGGUAGUACAUGUCUGUACUAUAAUGCUUUGCCUUGUUGACUUAUAAAAGCCCCGUGGACAGCAUGAUCCCAAAUCACCCAAGGGGAAGCGUGUUCCAAAACUUUGUUGUAAGCUUUUUUUUCAAGGAGAAGGCUGAGGCUUUGAGAGGUUAAUUUUGGUGGCAGUAGCUGGCAUGGUAUGGAAGCACAAUGAAAGGUGAAGGUACGUAAACAGGGAUCGUGGGGAGAGGGAGCAGAGACAGAUGAAGACGGGGAACAGGCAGAGCAUGGAUGGAGCUACUAACAGAAGUACUUGUUUUGGCUCUACCCAUGCACUGCCUCUUCCCUGGCUUGUGGCUCUUCCUUUUCUCCUCCCUUCUUUUGUUUCCAUUAACUUUUUUUUUUGUCACUUAAUUUAGAACUGUGAUAAGCGAUAUAUAGUAGCAGCAGCUGCACUUUAUUCAACAAGAAGAAAAAAAAUCGUCCUAGCACUGACCAUUAGUGAUUUAUGACAUCAUUGUAUUAAAUGCUAUUUAUUUGUUUCUCUUUUUAGCCCUAAUCUUUCUGCAGAGAAAAUAAUCCAUAUGAUCGAAAUAACAAAUGUAUGUAGGAAGCGUUUUUCGCUUCCACCGUAGUGAGUUCAGCACCAUCGAUCAGAGACUUCAUUGCUAGGGACAGAUUUGUACAACUAUUCCUUCUUUGUUUACGUCCAAACAACAAAUCAAUGGUGAUAUCAAAUUUUUAGUUUCCAAGCAGAUGAAACUGCUACAUUUUGACGAGUUUAUAUAUCAUAAGAAUAGAGUAUCAUGUGGUUCCUUUUAUGUAUUUGAAUCACUGAGGUAAUGUAAAGCUUGUUGUUAUCUUUGGCCGAUGGUAAAUUCGCCCAUGAGGAUAUGAAUAUGGUCACUUGCUGCAGUCAGAACAAUUUUCCAGGGACAAACGUCCUUUGAGGACAGCUCCUCUAAGCAUGAAGCUCGAGAUAAAAAAAAAAAAAUGGGUUGAAUUGUUUAUUCCCAUUUUCUGCCGGCCCUUGUAACAUUAUAGAUCAAAACGUUGCCAUAUGAGCUGCCAGGAAAAACCAAGGCAUUGAUCAAUAGCAAUGGAGAUCUUUGUUUGGACACUAAAAAGCUUAGAAUCAACUUCUCAGUACAGGCGAGAAUUCCUUGUAACCUCCUGAUAAUAUGAUGAUCGUGAUGUUGGUAUCGUCUGAUAUAUCGGCUCCCCUCCUUGAAGAACAUCAACUUGACAAAGCAUCAAUAUUUUACUUUUUAUUUCCUCAAAAGGAUUGUAAUUUCAAGUUUUACCAUGACUAUCGGGGGCCUCAAUGGCAUUGUUACAGAACAA